UUUGAAAGGAAGUGACGUCACGGUAGGAAGCGUUUGGCAAUGCGCGGGAGUUUAUUGUUGAUCUCUAGUAGAAAGCUAUAGUUUAAUGUUCCAUCUUUCUUUUAUAUAAUCUGCUAACAGUUCAAGAAAUUGGGCACAAUGGCUCAACUAAGUGAAGUGGAUUUACCCCCGAACCUGUCAUGUCUCAAAAAUGUAGAUACUCUGCUUCGGUGUCCAAUCUGCUUUGAGUUUCUCAACAUCAGUAUGAUGACUGCAUGUUCACACAACUUUUGUUCUCUCUGCAUACGGAAAUUUCUCUCUUAUAAGUUGUUGUGCCCUGUUUGUAACUCGCCAACAACAGAUCAAGAUCUGAGAAACAAUAGAUUAUUAGACGACGUCGUUCACAGCUUCCAAACUGCAAGGCAACAGCUGUGUCAGUCAAAUUUUGAAUCACCCCCCAUAUCCCCUGAAAACCCAGUUGCCAUGGUCAAAGGCAAAGCAGCAAGACAGAAAGGUCUCAAAAAUGAAGCGACCACCCUCAGUCAGUUCUUCCAGAAAAAGACCCCUGCGACAACUUUGUCAAGGGCCCAAACAAGUCUUGUCCAUCACUUCUCUGUCAAAGAAGAACCAAUGGAGGUGUUCGUUCAGCAACCAGGCAGAAUCAAGCAGGAAAAAGUGGAGAAAAUGAUUGCAAAGAUUAAAGAGGAGAAAAUGGAUACAUCUGAAAUCCCUUCUACGUCACAAAACAUUAAGACUGCGGUUAAAGUGGAAUGUCCUGUCUGUGGAGUGGGUGUGUUCGAGCAGCACAUUAAUAAACAUCUAGAUAUGUGCUUGAGCCGAGACGAUAAAAAGGAAGGGUUGAGAAGUGGUGGAAGGCGAAAAGCAAUGCCUAAGUUGGUGUACACUCUAAUCAGUGUUCCUAAGCUGAAGAAGAUGCUGAAGGAAUGUCAUCUGUCCGCUCAGGGCACCAGGGAACAGCUCGUACGACGACACCAGGACUUUACACAUAUCUAUAACGCCCAGUGUGACUCGCUUAACCCCAGAUCAGCUGAAGAUAUUGCCAAAGAAAUUGAGAACAAUGAGCGAUUACGGAAUCAACUGGACAGCAAACGGAAACCGGUUAUAGUCACAACGAAGAAUCAAACAGCUGAAGAAAUUGAGGGGUUACAUUCCAUAUACCGAAAGCAGCACAGCAGUGAAUUUUCCCGGUUAAUUGCCCAGGUCAGAGGUCGUCUGGAGACGUCGAAGAAAACCCAGGUCAGACAUGAGGAGGGCCAGUCAGCCGAGGAGACAGACUCCAAAGCUUCACAUAGCAUUCAGAACUCAACCCAGCCUCUCAUUUCUACACCACUAAAGGCAAAGACUGAAGUGAAGGAUGUGAUGGUCAAAGUUUCAUCAAGGUCAUCAAGCCCUACAAUCAGUGAUGUGUCAGUCAGCAGCUCCAUUUCAGACAUGUUCAGUUGAAGACGCAACAUCAGCUACUAGAGUACAAGACAUGGAGACACCCAGAGCAGCUGCUUACAGAAAGAAGUCUCAAUUUCCCUCCGGACUCUGAGAUGAGACAUCUCUUGUACAUUAUGUAAUAAGUGUAUUGGUUAAAUAGUUUUUUUCGAGCUGAAUUUGUGUGAAAGGCAGUGUAUUAAAUUUUUUUAUCAUUUCAUCCUUUUCACCAAUAAAAGAAAAAAACAA